AUGUCUCAUUCUAGUAAUUCUAUCAAUAGUAGAAGAAGGUGUGAAGAAAUUUUGGAAUGGAGUGGACCAUCUUGUGAUUGUGGGUUUGAGGCUGUACAACGCACUGCUUGGACAAUAGAUAAUGCAGGUAGAAGAUUUUAUGGCUGCCCAAGAUACAAGAGAAAUGUGAACGAUGGAUGUGGAUUUUUAAGAUGGAUAGACCCCCCUACAAACAUUCAAAGAUUUGGGAAUGAUUUAGGAGGGUUGUUUAGAAGGCUAGAUGAGAUUGAGGACAAUCUUAAGGAACUGCAGGGAAUCAUUGAAAAAAGAGAUGAAGAAGUUGGAAAUUGUUUUAAGUUAAUGAAAGAUGUGAAAUUAGGUCUUUGUUUUUUUCUUGCAAUUUUUUAUGGUGUUUUGUAUCUGUAA